UAUUUUGAAACGACGUUAAAACUAAAUCUUUAUGGUUUAAGAUAUUGCCUUUUUUUAUUUAAAUAUUGUUUUUAAAAUUUUGGUUUUUGCAUGACACUUUUAAAAAUCGUAUAGUGUAUUUGAAGCCACAAAAUUGCAUUUCUUAACGCAUGCGCAAAAAUUAAAAAUUGCAAUACACAAAUUUUUUCGCAUUUUCAGUAAUCUGCAAAGUGCCUUCGAAGGAAUAGCUCCGGAAUUUAUUCAUAAGAUAGCUUUCAAAUUGAUUUUUUUUACAUUUUAAUAUUGUGAAAAUUUGUAUAAAUUGUUGUUAAUGAUAUUAAAUAUAUUUAUCUAAUUGAAAACAAAGUGAAUGUUAUUUAAUUGUAAAUGCACAUACAAAUUUGCUUGCAAUCUUGUCUGCAAAAUUGUAUGUGUAUGUAUUCCUUAAAUGGGUGUCUAGACAAUAAGAAAUAUAAUUAAUUAUUAAGAACAGAAUAAAGGAAUAAACUUAUAAUCGUUUUUAUUAGGUUUUAAAAUUUUUAAGGUUUUCCUAAGAUACCCUAAGUAUUUUAUGUAUAUAUGUAUAAAAAUUGAUGGUACAUACAUAUUAAAGAUGUAUAUACUAUAAAUUUUACAGGAACCCUUGUCGGUUACUUUUAAGGACUAAACUAAGUAUACAUUGUAGUGGCAUAUAUAUGUUUAUAUAUGUUGCUAUAAUAUUUCUUAUCAUAUCUAUAUUUUAACAAACUGUCUUGUGUAAUUUAUAAGAACAAACAAUAGGGUGGUUAUGACAUUAUAUUUCAGAAUUUUUCUUCCCUUUUAUAUACAUAUUUUUCAGGAAUAACAAUUCUUUUUCAGCUUUUAUAUUUUUUUUUAUACAUUUUCUAAAUAACCAAAUGUCUUUUGAAUGAAUUUAUCACCUGUCUACACUAUUUUUGCAUCUAUUUUUCUUAAAGCUUACUUUCCUUUAGAGUUUCAACAAAUCUUAUAAUAAAAUCUACUCGAUGCCAUCUAAUGGAUCUAGUAUAUUUUCCACAAUCGAAUCCUAAAGAUCCUUAAAUGGCAGUAUACCCACCUAUUAUGAUCAACACCAUGACUUUGAUCAAUUUUCUGAGAGUCUCAAAGUCUGUCCGCUUAGUUUUUAGUUAUUUAUAUUUGGCGGAAUGAUUAAAUAUCAGAUCGCGUCGCUACUUUUCUUGGUUGCUUGGAUUGUCUUUUAAUGUCUCGCAAAUAUGCAUCGGAUACAUGAUGAUGAAUAUUCGGAAGAUGUUAAGGAGUCUAUUCACCAAAAAGACAUAUCCGUUAAAUCGCGACAUCAAAUAUCAAUACCCGACAUUUGCACAGAUGCGGUCAAGAACAACUGCUUUCAGCAGUCGAGUUUUUUGAAUACUUCCAUCGCCUUCGCAUCCCAUGUCGUUAAAUGCAGCUCUCCGGCAUCCAGUUUAGAUGAAUCAACCUCGACGGCUCAACACGAGCCCAAUCCCCACAUGCACAUUCAGGGCCAACACAUUCUGCCUCCGGUUCCCGAUCUCAGUUUUUACAAUGUUCCAGAGUUUAUUUCAGAACAGGAGAAGCUAAUGUUCUCGGAUGCCGAGCGAUUCCUUCGAUCGAAAGAUAAUGACGCGUGCAGUAAUGACUAUAACUAUAUGCACGAUGAAUUCGCCAUGCGGAAAUACUAUCAUCCACUAUUCGCCCAUGGUAUAUGCCGAUGGCCCGGUUGCGAGAUGGAUCUCGAAGAUAUCACUUCAUUUGUUAAGCAUUUGAAUUCAGAGCACGGGUUGGAUGAUCGCUCCACGGCCCAGGCACGUGUCCAAAUGCAAGUAGUUUCACAAUUGGAAUCCCACCUUCAGAAGGAAAGAGAUCGCUUGCAGGCCAUGAUGCAUCACCUAUAUCUUUCCAAACAGCUUUUAUCACCAACCAAGAUUGAUAGAAAGUUUCAGGAUAUUCCCCCAAGGGAGGGAAAGUUUUGCAGAAGUCCCAUCACAAUAAAUAGCAUCGGUCGGCCAGUUCGACAAACGAAUUCUCCAAGUCCCCUAAAUCUUCCACUUGUCAACUCGACCAAUUUAUGUUCAAUCAAAAAGAGAAGUCAUGAUAAAAAUGCGUUUUCAAUAAAUGGAGGCUUGCCCUAUAUGCUAGAAAGAGCAGGUCUUGAUGUACAGCAGGAAAUCCAAAGGAAUAGAGAAUUCUAUAAAAAUGCUGAUGUCCGACCACCUUUUACUUAUGCUUCACUAAUAAGACAGGCCAUUAUCGACUCACCUGACAAGCAACUUACUCUGAAUGAAAUAUACAACUGGUUCCAAAAUACUUUCUGCUAUUUUCGUCGUAAUGCAGCCACGUGGAAGAAUGCGAUACGUACGAACCUAUCUUUGCACAAGUGCUUUGUACGUUACGAGGAUGAUUUUGGCUCAUUUUGGAUGGUCGACGAUAAUGAGUUUGUUAAGAGGCGCCACCUGUCGAGGGGGCGCCCCCGGAAAUAUGAGCCGUCAUCUUCCCCGAACUCUUGCCAAUCCGGUAACGGUGCCUCGACCGACAAGAACCCUUGCGAUAAUUGUACCCAGCACUGCUCCAGUUUACCGGGAGCCGAUAAUGCUAUAGAUUCUGUAAAUCCAAACGAUAUCGGUCGAAUAGGUUGUCUUCCUUUUUGCGGUAGUAGUGUUGGUGAUGGUUUAAGUAAAGCUUCUAAGGAUUAUUCAAAUAUGGAUUCGGGUCUAAUAGAAAGUAAUAAUCACUUGGCAAUGGAUGAUUAUCCUGCAGCAAUGUAUGAAAAUAGUGUUAACGAGCACAAUCGAUAAGUGUGUUAUUAUAAUAAUUACAUUCUCUUUGGUGCAUUGUCGUAACAGUUUUGAUUUUCAGGUUCGGAUUCGGAAAUGAUACUUGUACAUACACAUAAAUAUAAGUAUGAUUUCCUUCCCUAAGUUUUAAGAAUCAAAUAAUUUUAAUCUAUAACAUAAAUACUUUCCUAAUAAACAGAAUAAAAACAAAUAAUACUUUUCGAAGAGUAGGAUACACCACGAAUAAAAAAAUAAUGUCCUUAAAUAUAUUGUUUUAAGGCGCUUUUCAAUUUAAAGCUAAAGUUUCUUUUCAGAGAAUUAGUUCCGGAAUCUUUCAUGGGUAACAUUUUUCUCUUACUAUACUUUAUUCCUUUUCUUCUAAUUUAAAAAAGAAAUAUCCAUAUGCGUUAUUGAGUUUCUAUUUAACUGGAUUAAUAAUGGAUUCUUUGUUUCAGAGAAGGCGUGAAGGCGUAAAUUACCCAUUUUCAUCAUAGGGGUUAAGCCUACUUUAUUAAACACAGGUCUUAGAGAAAGACCCAUGCAGGCAGUCCUAAAUUUAAAUAAAUUAAAAUUUUAGUCAACUUUUUAGUAAACAAUACAUUAGGAAAAUAAAUUUAUGUUUAAACACAGCUAUGAUGCUUAGUUGUUUUUAAAGAUAAAUUUAUUGUAAAAAGUUUAAAUUUUAAGUUAAACUUUAAUAAAAAAGAAAUAUAAUAUAACAUACCAAUUUUUUACUAAGUUUGAAAGGUUUGUAUUUUAAUAAUAUUAUUUGUAAGGUUUUCGGCAUACUAAAAAAUAAGGUAUUUUUAUCAUAAUAAAGAAGCUUCAACGUUAUGCCACUAAGAUAAUUUUAAGAAUAGUGAUAGGACAAUUCAAAUUCCAUAUAUUUUUCCGUAAAUUAAUUCUAUAUUUGUUAGAGUUUUUUAGCGUAAAAGGAUACAAAAAACUAAAAUGUUUAAAGGAUCAAAAGGAUCGGUAUAUGAAUCUUUUGGAUACUGACAUUCGCUGUCCUUAACUCCUAACAUGUGGCCAAAUUUGACCGGAAUUCAAACCACUGGGGAUUUAAAUGAGGAAAAGCUUCUUCUAAGGAUUUAAUACUACACCAAACUAAUAAAUAUGUGUGAAUAAAUUCAAUUUUAUCAAGAAA